UCUAGAUGGUAUAUUUCAUGGCUGAAGCGGCUAAUGUUUUUAUGCAAUACUGAGGUUAGACAAAAAUCAGAUUUGUCACCGCUGUGUCGAAGGCGUUUUCAGUUCUCAGACAGGCGCAACUGGAAUGCAGCAAAAGACUUGCAGAGAUACAGACGUUGUUACCCGGAUUUGAUAGAAGCAGAAAAUCAGGAGGAAGAAGAGAUGUGGAACUUAAGCUUUUAUAAAAAUGAACUUGCUUUUAAGCCCCAUGGUUUACAUAUUGAAUCUCUGCUUGAAUCUUGGUGGGACAAUUAUGAAGUUCUGGAAGAAAACCAUUCUUACAUACAGUGGCUAUUCCCUUUACGUGAACAUGGGAUGAACUGCCUCGCUAGACCACUCACCUGUCAAGAAAUCCAGGCUUUUAAGAAGUCCAAAGAAGUUAUGCAAAGGUUUGUACGUGCUUAUCAGCUCAUGCUGAGAUUUUAUGGAAUCAUUCUGAUUGAUGAGGAAACUGGAGAACUUAAGAGAGCAGAGAAUUGGGCUGAACGAUUUCAAAACUUGAACCGGUUUAGCCACAACAAUUUGCGGAUUACACGCAUUCUGAAGUGCCUGGGGGAGAUGGGAUAUGAACACUAUCAAGUGCACUUGGUAAAGUUUUUCCUAACAGAAACUCUUGUUAAGGAGACGUUACCAAAUGUCAAGAGAAGUGCCUUGGAUUAUUUCCUGUUCACCAUCAGAAGCAAAUGGGACAGAAGAGAACUAGUCUACUAUGCUUGGCAGCACUUCAGACCUCAAAGCAGCUUUGUAUGGGGACCACGCACCAAACUCUUGAAGUACAGACCUUGUUCUAACAAGUCAGAGCUGCACCAAAAGGCUGAAGAUAAACAGGAAACUCCUGGUAAAAAUGAUGAUUCUGUGGAAAAGGAUCUGAACCAAUCUCUAGAAGAACAGAAAGGUGAAGAUGCUGCAGACUUGCAGUCUAAAGUGAAUGAUGAAGAUGUAAAAGAGAAGUUAAAUGACUGCAUUUUGAAGGGAGGAGGUGAUGAAGAGGAGAAAGAGGCUUCAUUUACCCAGCAGGAGAAGGAUUUAAACAGAGAGACUGAGGAAGUGCAGGGGACUGCAGAGAAUGAUUGCACAAAGGAGAGCAAGAAGAGAAAACUGGACACAGAUAUGGCAGACACUAAAGCAAGUGGACUGUUGAAAAGCCCUACUGAUAUUGAAAACAUUUCCCGUAAUCUGGGAGAAUGUGCAAUUGAUGCAGAUGUCCCCUCCUCAGUUCCACUCUUAAAAGCAGAAGAAGACCAGGAAACACUGAAAGAUGACAGUGCAAGUACCAAAGACUCAACAGUGCCAGAGACAGCUGAUGCAGCUGUAAAACGGAGGAAAGUUGAUAAAAGAACAUCGAGAAACAAAGUAUUCAACUUGGCCAUAAACCUGAACACGGUGCCCUCUGCAUCUAGUGCCAACUUCAAUCCAUCUGUUGCAAACACUGAGGCUGAAAAAGAAAACAUCAGUGAGAAAAAUGCAACUACAGAAGCAACAAGUGAGAAUAGUGGUGGUUAUGCAAAUGGGGGGGCUGAGACACCCCCGGUUCAUUCCAGACUCCCCAAGACUGACUGCUCUUCUCCAAUAAGCGAUGGCUUGGAGUUGAGUGAAGAUCAAGUCACAGCAAGGAAUGAUCAGCACCACUGCAACAGCACACUCCUGGAAAGCAAAAGUGAGGUAGAUGGCAUAGAACAGCAUAAAAAGACAGAAAACGCAAAUGAAAAAGGGCAAGCAGAAGUCACAGACAAGAAACAAGUUCCAGAGAGUCUUGAGCAGAGCAUGGCAUCUGCUUGUCCUGAAGAAGACAGUGCUGAGGUUGCAAAACAAAAAUCUGAAAGCUCUGAGCACACAGCAGACCCUGCUGAGGAGCGGGUAGCAGCAGAACCUGCUGAGGAGCGGGUAGCAGCAGAACCCGCUGAGGAGCGGGUAGCAGCAGAACCAGCUGAGGAGCAGGUAGCAGGAGAACCAGCUGAGGAGCAGGUAGCAGGAGAACCAGCUGAGGAGCAGGUAGCAGCAGAACCUGCUGAGGAGCAGGUAGCAGCAGAACCUGCUGAGGAGCAGGUAGCAGCAGAGGAGAGCCAGGCCCUCCUGGUUUGCCAGGCCCACCAGGGCCCAAAGGUGCACCAGGGAAGGCUGGAGCAGCUGGUGAAGCUGGAUUGCCUGGCCUUCCUGGAGUGGAUGGCAAAGGACUACCAGGACCUCCAGGGCCUCCAGGACCCAGUGGGCUCCCAGGUGGAAAUGGAUUUCGGGGUCCUCCUGGACCUUUUGGUCUGCCAGGAUUCCCAGGGCCUCCUGGACCACCCGGACCUCCUGGUCUUCCCGGCAACUUUCCUGAUGGUGGUGGGGACCUUCAGGGUAACCCUGGCCCUCCUGGUCCUCCAGGCGUUCCUGGCAGCGUUGGCCUGCAGGGUGACAUCGGCUUCAGAGGGCCACCUGGAAUCCCAGGACCUCCAGGAAAAGCUGGACCCCAAGGAAACAAAGGACCUCAAGGAUUCAAGGGGCCCAAAGGUGAUACUGGCAUGCCUGGCAAGGAUGGACGGGAUGGAGCUCCUGGACUCGAUGGGUGAUGCAGCUCGCAUGGGUGUUCCUGGAGAGAAGGGACCGAAUGGACUGCCUGGUCCCAAAGGUGCCAGUGGGGAGCCUGGCCUUCCUGGUCCAACUGGAAUUCGUGGAGAGUUAGGUGACAGG